AUGGGUUAUAUCCAGAUUAGGAUAUCUGACUAUGGUGGGGUGCAUCCGGAAUCCCGCCGGACCGACUCCCAGGAAGACGCACUCAGCUUAGACGGUGACACUGUGCUCGCGGACGCGUCUGCUCUGCUCGAAUAUGCGCAGUCUCUAGUCGAGCCUGGGCUGCAGCGGCGCCGACUCGUUCUCUCGUCUACCGAAAUCAAAAACAUCCGGAAAUUUGCGCCCGUGCUCGUCGCUCAAAUCGAGCGCAUUAGCACUGUCAAGAAAAGGAUCGUCGCUUCCGGCGAACAGAAUUUCGCCACCCAAAACUACGACCUUUCUGCAGCUCGAAAGAGGCUGCUCCGCCAACUAGGGCUACACAGGUCCCUCAUCGCUCCGAUAUGGCGUCUUCCGCCCGAGCUGCUGUCGGACAUCUUCCUUCAUUACAAGGCACAGCACGAGGAUCGGGCUGCCUGCGAUGCGCACUUCAUGAUGCGACUAGCGCAGGUUUGCUAUGUUUGGCGCGAGGUGGCGCGAGAUACUCCAUUUCUAUGGACGCGCUUCACGGCCAUGCGCUGCUCGCGGAUGCCCGAGGUCGUCAACGCCGAACUGGUCGCGCUGUCCAGGACCGCGCCUCUGACCAUACAUCAUGACGGCGAUGACCCAGAGGACAGGAUACUGCUGCGUCUACUGGAUCAGCUACAACCUCACGCAGCGCACUGGGGGUCGAUCAAGUUGAGCGGCCGUGUCCGCACCUUUGCACAACUACCUCUCGUCGCUCUUCCCGCUCUCCGCGAAGCAAGCCUGACAUUCUAUGACACUUGGCCGCGAGUCGUGGAGUUUGAUGAAGUUCUCUUGUUUCUCGAGCAUGCCCCGUGGCUCGAGCGGCUCAAUGUCUCGUCGGACUCUAUCACAUGGGACGAGGACGAGGAAGAGGACGAGUUCAUAACAUUCCAAAUCCCGCAAUUCUUUCACCUCACGCACCUGUCGGUCAGUCUGCCUCGCGCGCGUCUGUCGAAAGACGAUUUGAUGCUCGGCCUUUCCCCAUUCACCGAUUCGUUGGUUUCCAUGACGCUUCAUACGGACCUCUUCGUGCCUCCUGCUCAUUUGGACCAUACCGCGGAGCCGACACCUUUCCCCGCGCUUCGUAUCCUCCACCUCAGUCAAUCCGCCGGCGAGAUCCUCCCGUUCAUCAUCGCCCCCUCAUUAGACGAGCUCACGUUAUCGGAGACCGGGGAGACCCCGUUCGUCUCGCUCGCCGCCUCCGCCGCCCGGCCAGAGAACGCGAUCGCAUCCCUGCGCAAGGCGACUCUAACCGCGGUGCGUCCUCUGGAUCAUCAUGCGGUGCUUGAGUGUCUGGAACAGAUGGAGGGACUGAAGGAGCUUCAUCUCCGCGGUGAUCUAUCGCCAGCGCGCAUCUCUACGUUCUCGCUCGACCUAUCACGGAGGAUGACAUGUCUCGGCGCGCGGGUGAGCGCGUCGCGUGCUGCGAGUUUCCUCGAAACCAGGCACGGGCUAGCGGGACACGGCGAAGGAGCGUUGAGUAGAGCGGCUUCUAUUGAAGGAACGGCGGAGGGCAGAUAUGGGCCUGACGAGCCGUGCAGCAAGUGCGCGCCGCCUGGCGACAUGGAUGCGCCGAAACCGUUGUUGCCUUCUUUGGUGGAGCUCAAGGUCGACAGCAUGCCUCCGGACUAUGGGAUUCACUGGCGUGCGAUGCUUCGAUCGAGGCAGGUCCCGCGCGUGUGCGGGGGCUGGCUGGUACCGGAGCUGAAGGUCGUGUCGGCAUGGACGUAGAAGGGGUGGAGGGGUGGAGGGGCGGAGGGGAUUGAGCAUGGUGGAUGUACAUUAGAUAUUACGAUCGCACUGUUCCGUACUCUAUAUGAUUGCGUAUAUCUUGGUAUACUCAGACACGGAUUCCCUCGGAAUCCUUCUCGCUGCG